AUGGGGGCCAUUGGAAUAGAUCCGAAUACUGGAGAUAACUACAUGACGCCGCUUCAUGAGGCUGCUAUGGGCAACAAUGUUCUAGCCGGCUCAAUGCUGCGCGAAGCUUGUGCAGAUAUCAACUCUGGGCAUGGCGUUUGGGGUGGCACACCUUUACAACGCUGUAUGGAUUUCAAAGCUUACGAAAUGGGCCACUGGCUUCUUCAGUGUGGCGCAAAUACCAACAUAUCUGACUCUUUGUCAAACGAUGUAUGGACUGGGUUUUGGGAAAGGAUAAUGACAAGGGUAGUAGGUCGGAACCAUGACGUUUGCUUUGACUUUCUUAGAGAAGAGGCGAUGCUCACCCACCUUCUUCUCCAUGACUCAGACCCGCACCAGCUAUUUAGGACUGUUUGGAUUCAGCAUUUCCAUCAUGGCAUUGGAUUCUUUAGAGCAUGGUAUGAUUACUGUGGGCAUAUCCAGACCCCUGAGGUAGCAAGAGCCUGCAGCUACAGGAUUCGAGGCCUCUUGUUCUACCCUUCGGGAUCAGACGAGAACGGCAGUGCCCUGUGCGGCUUUCCGAAGGAAGUCAUUAUACAAUACGAAGACGCAGAGCACACGAGAAGACCUGCAAGAACUAGUUUGUGGUGUAGCAGGGGACACAUUUACCUAGCUGAAAGAGACACGCCAAAUGAUGUUGGUUCUGAUAGGGACAGCGAUUCAGAUAAUUCACUGGAAUCUUCUGAUGACGAUACGGAUUCAGGCAGCGAAGAUGGUGACUGUGAUUGUCGAAAACAGCACCGGAGUUACAAUGACAGGGACAGCGGUUCAAGUCUCUGUAACUGUGAUGUUGACGGGGGAGACAAUCAGAAUGUCCGACCAGGGAUCACACUCUUUUACGAUACGAUAUCCACACCGGAAGGUCAACUACGCAUGUCUCGAUUCCCGUUCGUUUGCCUACUCACGAACGCCUUGUGUAUGGCCGGCUACCGAGCGGAAAUGGAUGAGGACGGGGAUAUUUGGUACGAAGAUGAAAAUGGCGAUAGCUAUCACGAUGCUCGGGAGUUUCAACCCCACGAAGAUGAGGAUGACGGGCUUGCUCGUAACUGCCCGAUGUGUCAAAACCCAGAUAAGUACGGCUUGGGGCACAUUUUCGAGGAAGCGGAGAGAGGGAGGAAUCUUCUUUUGGAGUAUAGGGCGAGAGCGAAGACGCAGAAAAGGACGUACUUCUGA